UCGCGCACCGACCCAGCGUCAGUGAACAAAAAGAAGCGUCGCCGAAGCCCCCCGUCGAGCAUUGGAGCAGACAUGGGCUGAGUCAGCUGACUGGGGCUUUUUAAGAUUCAUUGAACACCACAUCCAACACCAUGGCGAAGCAGUACGAUGUGCUCUUCCGACUCCUGCUCCUCGGAGAUUCCGGGGUUGGCAAAACAUGUUUGUUAUGCAGAUUCACGGACAACGAAUUUCACCCGUCUCACAUCUCCACCAUCGGAGUCGACUUCAAAAUGAAGACUCUGGUAAUAGAUGGUAUCAAAGUACGGAUACAGAUAUGGGACACUGCAGGCCAAGAACGAUACCAGACCAUCACUAAGCAGUACUACAGACGAGCACAGGGAAUCUUCCUGGUGUAUGAUAUCACGAGUGAGCGAUCCUUCCAACACAUCAUGAAGUGGGCCAGUGAUGUGGACGAGUACGCUCCCGAGAAGGUCCGGAAGAUCCUCGUAGGGAACAAGUCGGAUGAAGAGAGCAAGAGGCAGGUGGCCACAGAGCAAGGUAUCAAGCUGGCCAAGGCUUACGGGAUGGACUUCUUUGAGACAAGUGCCUUCACCAACCAAAAUAUAACAGAGACGUUCACACGAUUGGCUGAACAGGUGCUGGCGGCCAAUAAAAAGGACCUGGAUCUUCUCCGGAUGUCUGUGAAUGACGAGAUCGAUCUCGCCGCCCUGGAGGUCGAGGAAGGACUCUGUGACAGUGCGGCGGGCGAUCAAGGCAAAGGCUGCUGGUGUUGAAGAAACAAUUAAAAUCAGAUCAUCUGUUAUCACCGGACAUUUUGCACACUCGAGGCAAAAUGUUUCUUUUUGUCGUUAGUCGAAACAAAGAGGAACAUUGAGCUGCAAUUCUUUUGAAACCAACCUCCUGUUUCACGGGCCAAAAAUGCUCACGAGCCAUUUGAGAGCAGUCUCAAGGACAAAGAUGGAAACAUUUAGCCUCACAGUGCCAAGUGUGUGGUGGAUUAACCAACUGAAGGUCCAAAUGUCAAGGUUGCCCUCAGUGAGAAUGAUUGUUCAUUGUCUAAAGUACUAUUUCCUGCUCACUUCAGUGUGAUUUGUAUGUAACCAAAUACAAAUCUGAGUCUUCUACAAAUUCUGCAAUCGACCUACAGUUGAAAGGACUUAACACAAAGUUAAGAUUCUGUCAUCGUCUUACAAAAUGUGUACAGUGUUCAGAUGUAGAAGAUGGGGCAUGACUUGGAAUCGUCCACCACGGACUCGAAACGCUUCACGAUGUUGUAUUUCACAAUGUUUUCCACGAGCGGUCUCUUAUACUGCUCAUAGGUCCGGUUGCCUUGCAAAUCAACAAUGUGAUUGAUUCCAUUUGGCCUUCAUUCAGCCCUUCAGUGGUGUCCUCUGUGUGGGAAUUGGCACCCCUGCCUGCACACUUCGCCUUUCUACUGUCGAAUGCAUUAGAUGUAGUGUGAGAACGUGACCACUAGAGGGUGCUAAGUGCAUUGGUAAAACUGCACGCACACACUGGAGGGAUGUCACGUGUUAAAUUAUGCUAUUUUGCCCUCUUCUCUUAUGCUUUUGUUUUUGCUUGGAAUUGCACUCGCAGCGACUACCUUUAAUGCGAUGAAAGGAUUCUAGACAUAUGCAGCAAUUUUUUUAAUUUCCUUUUAUUGUUUUUAUGUAAAUAUUGACUCAGUAGAUAUGCUUUGCAGCUUGCAAUAUCAUCCAUGUUAAACCACACACACACUCUGAUAAUGACACCAGUAAAAGUCGUUAAAUGGGGAAACACGUUGAGAGCAAAAUGAUUCAAUUUCCCUGUAGCAGAACGGAAGAUGUUUGUUUUCAUUUUAUAGUCUUAGUUUAUUCCAGAACAUAUAUAACACAGCCCGCUGCAUUGUACAUAUACCAGGUUUUUCAAAGCAUUGUAGAUUGGUAGAAUCAUGGGUGCAACAUUAAUUUAAUGUAUUAUUAGAGGGCUGUAUUAAAAAAAAGUUUGUUCAGUGAUAUUCUGAAAUAUUCCCUCAUGUGAAAAUAACAAUGUCUUGGUCAUUCUGUCAUUUUCUCGCUGUUAUGUACAGAGUCCAGUAGAGAUGUCAUUUACUCCUCCCCGCAGACUUAUAAAGGGACGAGCGAGGGUUUUGCAUGCAAUCCACUUUUCUUUAUUUUCUUUUAUUGCAACUUCAAUGAAGUUAAUCAUCAACUGACCAUACGCGCAUAUAAGCAUUUGACCAGAGCUUCCUGUUUGAGACUUAACCCUUGUGU